AUGUCGCUUCAGCAGUUGGACAAAACUAGUUCGAGUAUUGCACAUACGUUAUCUGAAUUAAGACGAAAAUAUUGGAUACCGAAAGGAAGAGCUGCUGUAAAACGAAUUAUAAACCUAUGCUGUUAUUGCAUUCGCUGGAAAGCUAAACCGUUUAAACUGCCAGCGAUGCCAAGUUUACCAGAAACACGAGUAAAACGAUCCAGGACCUUCGAACAAGUCGGCCUUGAUUAUAUGGGUCCUCUUUCAGUCAAAUCUAAUACUGGUCUAGUCAAAAGAUGGAUAGCACUUUUUACGUGCUUCACUAUCAGAGCAGUGCAUCUAGAAAUGGCGGAGAAUUUAUCUGCCGAGAAUUUUUCACAUGUUUUAAGAAGAUUUAUCGCUCGACGUGGAUAUCCAAAAUUAAUAUUAAGCGAUAAUGCUAGCCAAUUUCAACUGGUAUUCAAAACUAUUAUGGAAGAAAACGCUAAUUUUUUGGCGACAAAAGGACUCACAAAAAAGGCAUUAAGAAAAGCAAUAGGAAGAAAACUUCUAAAGGAAGGAGAAUUAAUAACAUUAAUAGCUGAAAUAGAAGGAAUCCUUAAUACCCGUCCAUUAACUUAUGUAGGGUUUGACGACUACAGAAUCAUUCGUCCAAUUGAUUUUAUAUCACCUAUGGCUUCAUUAGAUCUACCAAUAAAUUAUGAUAGUGAUCAAGAUGAAUAUACCCCUUAUACAAUAAAGACUAAAGAUAAAUUAGUCAAGUAUUGGACCACCACUCUUACCACAUUAGAUGUCUUUUGGAAGUUGUGGAAAGAAGAAUAUCUUACAAGUCUUAGAGAACGCACACAGAGAGAAUUAAAAUCACCUAGAAUAGUAGAAAAAAGAGUACCACAUGAAAAUGAGAUAGUAUUACUAAAUGAACCAGAAAUACCUCGUGGUGUAUGGAAAUUGGCAAGGAUAAUAAAAAUUAAUCGAGGAUGGGAUGGAAAAAUAAGGAGUGCAACAAUACAAUUACCGAAUGGAAAACAAAUCGAUCGAUCAAUAAAUAUGCUUUAUCCUAUGGAAAUAGAUGCUACUGAAGAUAAAGAAGAAAAAGUGGAAGAACCUAUUGCUCGACGAAUCAGAAGUGCUAAAAAAUCAUAA